AUGGCAGAAGUGGCGAAGAACAGAGACGCUCGACGGCGAAGAAGAAUCCUCGACCAAGGAUCCGACCGUCUCGCCUUCAUAACGGGUCGGAUCCAAACACUCCCUCCCACGCUUCCCGAUUCCGCCGCUUCAUCUCCGCAACUGCACCAUCCAAACACUACCCUUCCUGCUUCUGUUCACCACUCCGAUUCCACUUCGCACAAUCCCCAACCCUACAACGACGCCAAAACCGCAAUUCAAACACCCCCUAAUGACGACGCUGAAAGAGACAUUUCAACUCUCCCAAGUUCUGAACACCAACCUGAACAAGUCCAGUUACAACCACCACUACCACCACCACCUUCACCGUACACCGAAGAACCGAAGCGUUUCGUCACCCCGAGUGACGUAACUCGUGCCAUCAAUUCCUCGAGGUUUAUCCGUCUCUGUUGUUCCAUUCUCGUGGCGCUUCUGGUGCUUUUGUCUUUUCUGGGUACAAAUUUUUUCACAGCUGUGAUCAGCUUUAGGCCACUCUACCUUGUUCUCGUGACCAAUGUAACGGUUGUGAUUGCGAGACUCUUUUUCGGCGAGCAGAGGGGUUUUGGAAGAAGAGGUUCUUCUGGUGAUAGUGAAGGUGAAUAUUCGCAACUUGCCAGGACGUUAGAGUUGUGUUUGGUGGCGCAGACUGUGGCGGAUGCUGUGUUCAUGGAUUGCGCUGUCUAUGCAGUUGUUCUGAUUUGUGGUCUUUCUGUGAUCAACGCAUGA